GCCUAAUCUAAUUUGGGGCCUUAUGGGGACGCGGGACAAAAGUCCCACCGGGAGUAGUUGUCUGGUUGGCAAAGUAUUGAUCGAAGAUUUGCCCAAACGAGCUAUUUCUCACAAUGACAUACGUGAUUGGUUAAAAAAGUAUGGAUGCAUUUCAGAAAUCGUAAUAUAUCCACGCUGCUUGCUUGUUCAGUUCGACUCGGAUAUCGAGGCCGCUGGUGCUGUUCAGUGCGAAAAUGGGGCUUCACUCUUUGGCACUAAAGUCUCUCUAAAGCAUGUGGAAGCCGGUGAUUUAAAGGCGCUGCGUCGUGCAGGCCCACCAAUUGAUCGGUUUUCCACAAAUUUGCAACGGAGUUUCGGAUCCAUCUCUGGUCGUGAUCGUGACCGGGAUAAAAGUCGUGGAUCCUUGCGCCGUGACCGCUUUCGAGGUCGAACUAAGUCUCCGGACAACAAACGUUCACGUGAGGUCUCACCGCGUCGACACUCAAGGUCACCAAUCAUAACGCGUACUGAUCGGCGUACAGUUCAUCCACUAAACUGGCUAUCAGAAGUUGCUGAACGAGACAAAAAGCUAAAUGGAUCCAGUCUUCUUGGUCCUGCCGAUAAAUCAACUGAAAAACCUAUCGUUAAAUCACCACCUUAUAUGGUGGCAAUAAUAACCGUCCAGCAUGAUCUUGUUCCAUAUGCUGAAAUUAUAGAACAACGUGUCACUAAAAGUCUAACUACACCAGGAAGUCCUUCUGUUACUCAUAUAGUAGUUCUACUGUCUGUAGAUCAUCUUAGCCCAUGCCUAGCUGACCUUACCAAGGAUGGUGUUCCGUUCGCGAUCAUUUGCACUAUGACUAAUUGGGCACACAACUCGUGCACAUUACGCAUUCUUUACGCUCCAACCCAACAAGAGCAUCGUAAUAUGCCUUUGGAUGAUGCAUUAAUCCUACUUCAUCGAGAAUACUCUGCAUAUACGACAAGCAGUAAAGAAGAGGUUGAUACUGCUCCUCCAGACGAUGCCAAUUUUUUGCCACCUAGUCGCCAUUUAGCUUCCCUACUUCAUAUGCUGGCUGAUUCUCGUGUUCUAAGUGUUGGAGAGUUAGACGAGAUCACUGUUUUUGUCCAGGAGCGAAAGCGUCGUCUGGAAGGCCGACGAAAUGCCAACAGUGAUGCCGGUGCAUGCAGUGAAAAUACAGCUGAGCUCAAGUCAAGAAUUUUAAGCAUGCUUUAUCCUCAGCCUGUUAGCUCUACUGUAACUACAAACACUGCUUCUUCCAAUGUACCAGUUGACGCGGCUCAUCAAACUCAAGAUUUAACAGCUACUAGUAUUGGAAGUAAAUUAGCUGAAAACUUGACUAACCCUAUUGUACAAAAAGCCAUAGAUACGUUAAUGUCAUAUCCUUCAAACUCUGUGCCUCAAACUGCAACGCAAAAGUCGCUUAGCGCCAUGGAUACACAAAAUAUGCAAUCUAAGAACUCUUUUCGCAACAAUAUAAAGCCUCAUUCUUCUUUAGCGAUUGCUGCAUAUUCACCCAGUUGCAUGAAACAGCCUACCAGUUGGAGCUAUGAAGAUAAUAGUUUUCGGCCAAGUCGACCGCUAAUUUCCAAUGACUUUAGUCAGCAUGUCCCUUAUGGACAGCAUACCAGACCUAGCAUGAUCCAGCAGCGUGAAUAUCCCAGUGACGAAUCACGUAAGGGUCCUGGUUUCAUAGAACAUGGAGUUCAAAGAGGCGCUUAUCACUCCGAAUUUGAAGUAAAUGAACCAGUUCUUGAUUCAAAUGAAGAGUUCACAGAAGAAAGUGCUUAUCCAGGUUGGCCUAGGAGAAAAAGAAAAAAACGAGGUUGUAAAGCUCCCUCAGGCGAUUCAUAUCAAUAUCUUGACCCUAAGAGUUAUGCACGUCAAAACGUUGACCAGCAAUCUCAACAACCUGUAGAUCUUAUGUCUACGGAGGUUCAUCCAGUCGGUGCUGUAGCUGAAGCGUAUAAAUAUUCUCAAGCUAACCCCCUCAUAUUCAAUCCGGGAGUCCGUGGUAGAUCUCAAAGAAUAACCGGUGGGAGUUCAUCUUAUGACAAUUACAAUUAUCAAUCAUUUGGACCGCAUCAGCCGAAUAAUUUGAAUCUUCAUACCCAAUCUUAUGGUUAUCCCAAUCCAUCUUCAUUUUAUUAGCACUUUUACGAGUAAAAUUUGUGUCCUGUAAGAUUAGUUCAGUUUUUUUCCAACAUAUUUACAUUCGAACAUAUUUUGCUAAAUGUUAUUGUAAUUAAUUUUUUAAACAAAGCGUUCUGCUCAUAUUAACUUUGCUGGGAAAAUGAAAAAAAAGCAAAGAGGAUACAAACAAACCUCUAUAAUUUCCUUUCUAUUUAAAAAUGAGUUGAUUUUUUCAGUGUUUGUAUUAUUGUACCGCAUCAUCCUGUGUUGUUAAUUAGAAUUCAUCAUUUUCAACCUCUGGCUAAAAUAACAACAUAAUUCGCUUU